AGGUUGAAGCAAAAUGCGGCAAGUUUUUGAGAAGCACCCCUACGGCGUCGCCAUACUCGACACUGACAGCGAUGGAGAUCUCGAUUGUCUGACCGCCAUCCGAACAAAAUUUGAUAAGGAUGGACCGACUGCUGAUUAUGUCUGGGUUCUAAAGGGUCUGAAGGGCCAUGUGAAAAAGAACAUCACCUUUCACUUCCAGGAAGGAGACGCACCCGACAAGGCAUUCUUCACUGUGGACGAUGCUGAUGGUCAAAAGGUGGAAACGAGAGCCAUUUACGCAGACUACCAGACCUGCGCCGUGUUGGAGAUGCCAUAUAACGGCUACCCACAGUGCAUUUUAUGGGCAACGGACGAAGUGAAAGACAAUGUUCCAAGUAAAUGUACCGAGCAAUUCCGAAAUAACUGCGACGUAGAAUUUACGGCCUACGACAAGGAGUUAUGCAGUCAAGUGUAAUGGGGUGGACCGGGAGAAACCCCAGCAGGUUUAGGAUGCUACGUAGUGCUUGUGUACUUGUAUAGUCAGCCGAAAAUAAAAUGGUAUAAAAAAUCUCUGUAUUUCAUG